AUGCCAGUAUUUACCGAGCUCAUGACAAAGAUGAGCUUACCACAGCUGCAGGAGAGCGAUGUACGUUUCAUGGAAAACCUCAAAGCAUUCUUGGAACCGCUCUACUCGCUUACCAAGCAGUCUUCUACAACUGUAAACUUGCCGCCUCAAGCCCCCUUCCCCAACCGCAAGAGGCGUCCGAUGAAGCCGAUGAUCUCAAAGGAAGAUAACUUUGUACCAAAAAGAAGGUGCUUCGAACAGAAGCAUUAA